GGAGCGCAGAAACAGCAAAGCAGCUUUAAUUGCAAGACGAGUAAAGCCAGAGAUGGCUUCGCUCCGACAAGAGCAGCACUAUGGGCUCUCCUGUGGAAAGAACACCAAAAACAACCCAAACAGGACGCUGUACCAUGUGAAGCUCACGGACUCCGCUUUACGCGCUCUGGAGGCUUUCCAAAACAUCAAGGGAUCUAUACACUGUGAACCAUCUAUUUGCUUCAAGGGGAGUCAAGGGUACAUCAAGAUCCCAACUCCCACAUCAGAAGCACCCACUGCUCUCCGCGUUUUCUCAUUUUACUUGUCUACAGACAGCAAGGAUCAGCCUCAAGCCAGCUUUGACUGUAUCCAUCAAUAUGCAUCAAGUGAUGGCCACGAGCAGUUGGAAGGCCAGGGCAUCAUUCAGGACAAGAUUACAGUGUGUGCCACAGACGACUCCUACCAGACGACCCGUGAGCGCGUGUCCCAGGUGGAGAAGGACAGCUGGAACCGCUCUGUCAUCGAGAUCAAACCUGGACACCCAGGUUGGUCCUCCAAGUUCCCCAAGCGCAAUGUCCAGUCAUUACCCGGGCCAGACAGUAGUUUUCUGAAGCAACCCAUCCCAAACCGGCGGGUCAGUGGUGGAGCAGGGCUGAGCUCGAGGCGCUUGAGGGAGCGGAUCAUUCACCUACUGGCUCUAAAACCAUACAGGAAACCAGAGUUGCUGCUGUGGCUGGAGAAGGAGAGAGCCAACCCCAAAGACAAAGCCGAGCUGGGGGCCGUAUUAGAAGAGGUAGCAAAACUGAAUCCUAAAGACAACAACUACUGCCUGCAGGACGUUUUUUACAAGAAUGUGCAGAAGGACUGGCCUGGCUACAGUGAAGAUGAAAAACAGCUCAUUGGGCGAGUUCUUGCCAGGAAGCUGCCAAUCAAUUGCCAGUCAAGAAAUCUUCAAGCAACCACAUCAGUACAAACAUCCCCAGAUAAUAUAAAUCUGCAUCAGAUCCCAAAGAAAAAUCCUAAUAUGAAACGCCCUGUGCCUCCGGAGUGCUCACAGGAGAAGAUUUUAGCCAAAAGGCAAAAACUUUUAACCAAGAGGCUCCCUCAAGAACCUGUUUCACAGGACCUGAACACGCCCUCUCUUCUUCCCAGUUUUCACACUAAAACUGAGUUUCAAAGGACUUGUAAUCUAUCUGGUAACCAAAAUAAUUCACUGGAGUCUUCUAAUAGCAUUCCACUUAUGCACAAAGUGCCUGAUGCAGUUGUUUCAGACACAGUGAAACAAGACCCCAAAAUCAGCAGCUCUCCGUGGAUACAAGCACAUCCAGAAUGCACAAAGGAGCUGCUUGCCAACCACCAACACAAAAAGAAGAAAUCAAAAAAACAUAAAGACAGGGAGCGAGAGAGGUUAAAAGACAGUCAGACCAAAUGGUUGGAUACCAGCGCUGAUUUAAAGCAAAGCAUGGACAAACUUGACAAUCCUGAUAUAAAAAAAGAGGUUGCAUCUGAUGAGAAGCCAGAUUACAUUCUCCUUUACAGCCCUAUAAUAAAUUUGGAGCAGCGCGAGAGGUACCAGGCAGAUUUCUGUGCCGAGUAUGAUGAGUACAAAGACCUUCACUCAAGGAUCGCCACCAUCACUCACAUGUUCGUUCAGCUUGGAGCCAAGAUUAAAAGUCUUUCUCCCGGCACUAAAGAAUAUAAAAUAAUGGAAGAUCAAAUACUGGAAAAAUAUAGCAAGUAUAAAAAGAAGUUUCCAGGCUACCGGGAAGAGAAGAAGAGAUGUGAAUACCUUCAUGAAAAACUUUCCUACAUCAAACAGCUCAUCACAGACUUUGACAUAGCUCAGGCUUCUUAGCAACAUUCCCAUUGUCAGAAACAGACUAUCUGGAAUAAUGAAGAAAAAGAAAAGAUCGCUUUUGUUGGGACCAUUGCUAUAAAUUGUUACAGAGUGUUGUCAUUCUAACUCAGAUUUCACUGUAAUAUUGUCUUUAUCUAUAUCAUGUGUUUAACUCCAAAUGUAGUGAUACUUUAUGUGUACCCAUCCCCAAUGAAACAGUGACCAAUACAGUAGCAUUUGACAGUGAAAAUCAAAUAGGCCUAUGCAUACCACACCAUUCUCAUUGGGCUGUAAUUAGCUCUAACUGAUGCUAACCACUCUUCAUUUAUACAUUUUAAUUAUCACCUGCAAUAAAGCAAAUGCACUUCUUUUAUUAAGUAUUGAUUGGCUACAUGUUUUGACACAACCCUAUGUUCAUUGUUUAUAUAUCAAUAUAUGCUAUUAGGUUUUUGUGCUCGCUCAAAGUAUUUUGUAGAACUACUGAUAUGUAUUUAAGCAGUUUUCUUUCGCUCUGUUUCAUUAGCUGGAAAUAAUGUAACAUGCUGAUCUAACAAUGUACAAGUAUUGAAUGAAAUGCAUGAAACUGGGAGCAGUUGUGAACCAAUGACAGGUUAUAUUGUAAACUGUGCCACAAAUUGAUUUAGUCACCUGAAUAUUGAACCCAAAUUAAACUCAUGUAGCCAUAUUUAUCAUAUCCCAGUGAAACUGAUAUGCUACCAGAGGUGUCAACUGGAAUGUUAAGUUUUGGUGUUCUAAAAGCUCCAAAAUUGUUAGGCUGAUUUGUGGUGUAUAGUGAAAGGUUUAUCAUCACCUUAUUCUUGUUGAGUUUAUUUAAAAGUACUAGUAGACCAGAGUACACAUUGUGAUUGUUUUCUCUUAAAUAUGUAUUUAUGUCCAGUGAUGUUUUGUUUGUUUUGCACUUAAGGGGACAGGCUGAUGUUACACACUCACAUUGUUUCCCUUGCUUCUACUGAAUGCCAUGCUAUACAGUAUGGCCUAUUAUGAGCCUUAAGGUAUUUAUGAACGCCUUAUUUCACCCUUAGCUAUUAUAUUUCAGGCCGCACAGUUGGAUCCUCCUUCUCAUGUUGAAUGUUUUCAUUAUCAUAUUGUAAUGUCUAUACCCAUUUUAUGAAAGUAUCAUACCGAGUCACCCCUGAGUCACUAUCAUUUUUCUCAGUGGUAAUUGUUGCAUUUAAAAUAAAAUGGUAAUUACGUCCCUUGACUGAC